GUCAAAGUCAUCAUUUAAACUACAAAGUAGAAUUCAACAAGUUAGUUGAAGCUGCAUUUUGGUAAAAACAUAAGAAAGAUGAAGGGUCUUAUCGCAGUUGUGCUUCUCGCCAGCAUCGUCGCCAUCCAGGCGCACCCACAGAUCGAUGGGCUGGCCAGGGAACCCAGGACGAGCAAGGAUCUCGAAGGGCGCCGUUGUAGCCGAAUUUUUGACCGUCAACCACGAAAGUUCCCAAACGAGAAGAAAACUUGCAAGUGUGAGCAUGCAGGAUUUUUGAGCACAAGGUGGAAAUGUACCAAUGACGCUACCACCACCACGACUCAGGGUACCACCUCCACCACGACCACGACGACUUCAACUACCACGGCUGAACCAACGACCUCCGACACCACCACGGCAGAACCAACUACAACUACCGCCGAACCAACUACAACUACCGCCGAACCAACUACAUCCGACACCACGACCGCCGAAACUACAACGGUCGACACCACCACCGCCGAAACUACAACAGUUGACACCACCACCGCCGAAACAUCGACUGCCGAACCCACCACUCUUGAAACCACGACCAUCCAGAUUACCGAGACAACCUCGGCUGUUACUGAAACUGACGGUCCUACAAGCACCGUGGUCACCGAAGUUCCAACUGAAAUCUAAAUUAUUCAUGUGAUCCUCUGUCUCCUUCUGUCUCGUCAAAAUUUAAAUAAUCUUUUUACUCUACCGGAUUAAAUAAUGCUGAAUUGAAAGAAAUGGAAAUGCAGA